ACAAACGCAGGAUGUUAAUAGACCAUGACUCCUAAGCAGAAUUUUACUAAUAACACAAUUUUGUCCACAUAGAGCACUACCGGGCACUACAGCGUGUAGAUUAAUCUUUAAUUCUCCAGUGUCAAGGAAAAACAAUAUUUUCAAAUAAAAUGAAGUACUUAUCAAAGGCUUCUUUUCAGAUACGGAAGGCGUACAGCAUUACUAAUGUCGUGCUUUCUCCAGUUGAUCACAACAUUUAUCGAACCAUUCAGCACAUCUUAUUGGAUGUUUGCCAUAACCCGUUUCUUCAUCGGGUCCACCGUAGCGGGAGUUCUGCUCUGCACCUACAGUCUCAUGAUGGAAAUCACAGGUCCUAACAAACGGGAACUCAUGAGUUGGUUUUGCACUGUACCGUAUCCUCUCGGCCAAGUCUUCAUGCCUAUCUUCGCCUACUAUCUAAGAAGUUGGAAUAAAUUCUGUCUGGGUAUCGCGAUUCCGAAUCUAUUCUACUUGGUUUAUUAUUUCGCGUUGCCAGAGUCUCCCAAGUGGUUGAUAGCUCAAGGGAGAUUGGACGAUGCUAGUAAGGUUAUGACACAAGCCGCAAAAUGGAACAAUCGGCCAUCAGAAAAUAUGAUAGAUGUUGUCAAAAGCAUAGCUAGUGAAAAUACAGAGUAUAAGGAUAGUCAGCAAGAGAAAGCAAACUACACAGACUUGUUCCGGACGCGGAGGCUUGGGAUCAACACAGUGUGUUCGUGUACCAUCUGGUUUAUUCUAGGCAUCAGUUUCUUUGGAAGCAACCAGUAUAUAGGACAGACCAGUUCAAACCCCUUUGUUGCUGUUGCCUUGGCUGGAGUGUUGCAAAUUUCAGGUAUUACGUUAACUGCUUUCCUUUGCAAGAUCCUUGGAAGGAAGGCGACAAUGAUAAGUGCGUUCGUGGUGUGUGCCGUGAGUAACGCGUGUUUGGCGGCGCCACCGGAGUGGUACUACCUCAGGCUGGUGAUGGGGAUCAUCGGGCUCGGCUGUGCGGCUGGGGCGUUCGCUUCUAUGUAUAUGUACACCACUGAGCUGUUCCCGACGGUGACCCGCAACAUGGCGAUGGGCGCGUCGUCGACGAUCUCCCGCGUGGGCUCCAUGCUGGCGCCGUACGUGGCGGGGCUCACGGGCGUGGCCGCCUGGCUGCCGCCCGCCGCCUUCGCCGUCGUGCCCGUAUUGGGCGCGCUAACCUGCCUCCUGUUACCCGAGACUAAGGGACAAAAAUUGACAGACCACGUGGUCUAGGAUAUAAAAUUGAAUAAUAGACAUUGGAUGAAAAUGGAGAUGAAAAUGGAUGGAGAUUGGAUGAAAAUUAAAUUGUAUGAUUUGAAUCGUUUUUGUCAAAAAUCGCUGUUUGAAAGAAUACUUGUGAAACUUGUAAGAAGUUUCGGUGGUUUAUAACUAUGUUUAUUUAUUCAAUUCAUGACAAUGACAAAGUUUUAAUGUAAGAAAUAUCGUUAGAUUUAAAAUUGAAACCUCGAAUAUUAACUAUAAUAAACUUGUUUAGAUCUGUAGAUAUUUUAAGCAUAAGUUAACCAACAAUAAAUAUGUAAGUGUAUUAUUGUAUUUCACUAUUUAAUUAUAUGAGACCAUAUAGUUUUUAUAAAACCUAGUGGGAAAGCAUUUCAUCAA